AGGUGUUGCUGUCGUGGUUAGGGAUUCCAGAUUGUUAUAAAGGAUUUGCCGCGUUACGUUUUUUGGGAUUGUUAUGUUCGCCUGAGCGAGAGCGAGACAGAGAGAUGGUUAAGAUGGUGAAGAGGAUGGUGGAGGAGAGGAGAGGACGGCUAGGGUUUGUCGAAGAAAAACAACAUCGCAAGCGAAGUCGCCCUGUUCCUGUCCCCUCGUCGGGUCCUGCUCCUCUGCGGCGAUCCACGCGCCUGAACCCUAACCGUGACGCCGUCGAGAUCCGCAACGACGAUCCCGAGAAGCAAAUGGGAAUUCAUCCAAAAAGUAUGCACGAUGAGUAUUUCGACUCUUACGCUGACUCUGAGGUGGAUUGCAUCCCCUACUAUAAAAAGUAUAAAAAGAAUGAGAUCUUGACCAAAGAGGAUUGCGUCCGCUACCACCUAAACCCUGAUGUGUAUGUGGGUCACCGCCCGCCUAGGCCCUUUAUUUGUGGUUCGACUCGAUCAUUUGCAGUAAGGUACGAAGAUGAACUCGAAGAUUGCAAACAAUAUUCGCAGCUCGCAAUAGACGAAUACCACCUUCGCCUCAAGAAUGAAAAUCCACAACUAGAGUUUGUGGAGCUUUUGACAGCAAGGUUUAAGCUUUCCGAUAUAGUCAGGUAUUAUAUAACCUUUGAGGCCAAGGAUAUUGCUGCUGGAGGCCAGACUAAGACCUAUCAAGCUGUGGUGCGUAUACCCUUCAAGUGGGAUGGUGAUGUCUCCGUGUUGUGUUUCAGGGAGUGUGAGCAAGAGCAAGGUUCAGGCAAGAUACGUGGUAAAGAAUGGUGUUGGGAAGUUCACACUGCUGUGAGGCCCUAUGUGGAAGAGUACCCAUCGGAGGAGUACCCAUCGGAGGAGGAGAUUGUUGAAGAAGAUAUGUAAUUAUCCAAGCCUAAACAGAAGAAUAUUAGUACUGGUCUUUGCUAUUAAAAAGGAAAUGUGAUAUUACCUAAUCAUAAACAGAAGAAUUGUUGCACUAAUGCUUUUUUUGUGUGAAUUUUUAAUAAUACUUAAUAUUGUGCUUUAAA